GUUUAAAAAGUAAGCCAAGCCGGAGGGAGAGGGACUCGUUCGCAGAGGUCGUGAGCAGGCCGAAAGCUGUUGCCGGCUUUGUAGACUCUUGGGAUCGCGCUGGGGUUUCCUUUCCGCGCCGGGUCGGAGUUGUAAAGCCUUUGGAACUCCGAGAUCUGAAAAUGGGAUGCGCUCUUUCUUCGGCGACGCCUGUUUUGGAAUCUGUCUGGAGCUAGGAGCCCAGACGUCCGCCCCUCCGCCUUGAAAGGCACCGCCGACCGGUUUCUGAAGGAUCUGCUUGGCUGGAGCUUUCGCUGCGGUCGGCCGACACCGUGCGGGAACUUUGGCGGUGCGACUAGACAGUACUUCAGAAGCCGCUCCUUCUAACUUUCCCACACCGAUCACACCCUGACACCCCCCGCGGCGGGCUGCGUUGGCGACGGGGUCAGCGGCUGGGAGCUAGAUCCGCUAGGGGUCGGAUGCCUGUCGCUAGAAGCAUUAUUUGGCCUCUCGGAGACCCUGUGGAGGAAGUGCCGGAGUAUGCGAGUGUGUUUGCGUGUGUGUGCGCGCGCUUGGAGGGUCCCUACGCGCUUUCCUUUUCAAGUAACUCUCAGUCGUGAGUCUUUGGAAAGCUGUCGCUGCGGUCCCCCUCCCGGCCGCAUUUAAGCUGUGUCGGCGCCGCAAAGCGCAGCGUCUUCAAUGCGUCCUGAUCCUCCAGCUUCAGACAACCAGGGUCCCGGUCUGGCCAGAUGGCACUGAGCACCGCAGGAGCCAUUCCGUAGUGCCAUUCCGAGCAACGCACUGCCGCAGCUUCUCUGAACCUUUUCAGCAAGUUUGUUCAAGAUUGGCUCCCAAGAAUCAUGGACUGUUAUUAUAUGCCUUGUUUUCUGUCAAGACACCAUGAUUCCUGGUAACCGAAUGCUGAUGGUCGUUUUAUUAUGCCAAGUCCUGCUAGGAGGCGCGAGCCAUGCUAGUUUGAUACCUGAGACCGGGAAGAAAAAAGUCGCCGAGAUUCAGGGCCACGCGGGAGGACGCCGCUCAGGGCAGAGCCAUGAGCUCCUGCGGGACUUCGAGGCGACACUUCUCCAGAUGUUUGGGCUGCGCCGCCGUCCGCAGCCGAGCAAGAGCGUCGUCAUCCCGGAUUACAUGAGGGAUCUUUACCGGCUGCAGUCUGGGGAAGAGGAGGAGGAAGAGCAGAGCCAGGGGACCGGGCUGGAGUAUCCCGAGCGCCCAGCCAGCCGGGCCAACACCGUGAGGAGUUUCCAUCACGAAGAACAUCUGGAGAACAUCCCGGGGACCAGUGAGAUCUCUGCCUUUCGCUUCCUCUUCAACCUCAGCAGCAUCCCAGAGAAUGAGGCCAUCUCCUCUGCAGAGCUCCGGCUGUUUCGGGAGCAGGUGGAUCAGGGCCCUGACUGGGAACGGGGCUUCCACCGGAUAAACAUUUAUGAGGUUAUGAAGCCCCCAGCAGAAACAGAGCCUGGACACCUCAUCACACGACUACUGGACACCAGACUAGUCCACCACAAUGUGACACGGUGGGAAACUUUCGACGUGAGCCCUGCGGUCCUUCGCUGGACCCGGGAAAAGCAGCCCAAUUAUGGGCUAGCCAUUGAGGUGACUCACCUCCACCAGACACGGACCCACCAGGGCCAGCAUGUCAGGAUUAGCCGAUCGUUACCUCAAGGGAGUGGAGAUUGGGCCCAGCUCCGGCCCCUCCUGGUCACUUUUGGCCAUGAUGGCCGGGGUCAUACCUUGACCCGCCGCCGGAGGGCCAAGCGUAGUCCCAAGCAUCACCCACAGCGGUCCAGGAAGAAGAAUAAGAACUGCCGACGUCAUUCACUCUAUGUGGACUUCAGUGAUGUGGGCUGGAAUGACUGGAUUGUGGCCCCACCAGGCUACCAGGCCUUCUACUGCCAUGGGGACUGUCCUUUUCCACUGGCGGAUCACCUCAACUCAACCAACCAUGCCAUUGUGCAGACCCUGGUCAACUCUGUUAAUUCUAGUAUUCCCAAGGCCUGUUGUGUCCCCACUGAACUGAGUGCCAUCUCCAUGUUGUACCUGGAUGAGUAUGACAAGGUGGUAUUGAAAAACUAUCAGGAGAUGGUGGUGGAGGGUUGUGGGUGCCGCUGAGAUCAGGCAUCCCUGAGGAUACACACACACACACACACACACACACACACACACACACACACACACACGUUCCCAUCCAACUUCCCACACAUACCACACAGACUGCUUCCUUAUAGCUGGACUUUUAUCUUUAAAAAAAAAGAAAAGAAAAAAACCUAAACAUUCAC